UUCGCUUUUCCCGAGCUCCGGAAAAGGUUAGCUCCCAGGGCAGACUCAUCGGCGUUUCCUUCGAUCGGGCUGCGCAUUGGCAAAUUGCUGCUGCUGCAGGCAGCAGCAGCAUGUUGGCGCGCCCGCUUUAACUAGAGGCCUCUUAACUAAGGUGCCUUACAUUAGGUAGCUAAUUGCCUUACCUAUCAUAUCAUCUUGAGUCAAGACAGGAGCCGAGAUCGCAACACGAGCUUUGCCCACCUUCGACCUUCAGGCUCACGCAAGUUCAGCUUCGCAGCAUCUCAUUUCAAAAGGCCGCCGCUCGCUCACUCAUCAUCGAAAGCGAUGGCCGGCGUUCCCCAAACUCGACGGCGGCAGCCCGUCCUUGACCGUCUCACGGCUUUCCUGCCUUCCAGCCAAAUUCUUCGUCGGUGGUGGAAAGGUGGCCCGGUGCUCAAUUCAGAUGCGGAUGCAGAUGCCGCUAAUACAAAGGAGAGAAAACCAUGGCCCGCCGCCGCCGCCGCCCAGGAGGAUAGCCCGGAUGCCGAUGCCCCCGUCGCCCUUUUGCUUCCGGGCAUGGCCGGGCUGACCGUCAGCAGCGGCGCCGCCCAAAGCCGCCUCGCCAACCUCCCUAUUGCCGGUCACAAGUCUCGAAGCAGGGCCCUGUCCGUCCACAAGGCAUCGCGUCAGCCCGAUCUGUUUCUCACCAUGUUGCCUAUCGAGAUUCAGCAGGCCAUCUUCGCGUUACCCAAUCUGUCGCUCUUCGACCUGCUCUCGCUCCGCAAAACCUGCCGUACCCUUCGUUGCACCCUCCCCAUCGGCGUCAUGGAGAGGAAGCUCAAGGAGCAGAACCACGCAGGCUGGUCCGUCGUGUUUGAAAUGCACGGCCACAAGUACCCGGGCACCACCUACGGAAACCGGCGCCUGUGCGGCCGGUGUGUCGUGCCCAAGAUCACGGGGCACUUGAUCCAGGGCGCAGCCGUGCGCGACUACCUGAUAGCCCGUCGUGGUCUUCGCUCCUCCCUGGUUAAUACGCAAGAGGAAGGGGAAGAAGAAGACGACGGGGAAUGGCCCGAGGAGCGAGCCAUGUGCUUCCCCUGUCUGCGGACUGAAUUAUUACUCGCGAACAAGACACAAACGGACGGUGCCAUGGUAUUGUUAGAGGCACCCCCCGGCGCUGAAAUGUACAAGCUGGCUGCCAUCUCGACCGAGGAGCGGUUCCCGAUGCUGGACGGGACGACCAGGAAGAUGUGCAAGGGCUGCGCGAGGGACAUUCACGAGAAUGCGGUGCCGUGCCCCCACUGUGUCGACUUUUCUGAAUGGUGCAGGACAAGGCGGCGGCACGCCUAGACCUAGUUCUAGGGGGAGCAGACAUGGCAUCCCCUCUGUAUCAAAGGGGUGGUUAAGCUCAAAGAGUUGUUUGGAGUUACUUGGGUUAGAUUUACAUAAUACAUAUAUAGCAGAUAAGAUCUCAAUUUCUCUAGGCUCA